AUGGACAACAAGCUAAUGAGCUCUAAUUGGAUAGCCAAGAGAUAUUUAAAUGUGUUUAGAGUGAGAUAUAAUUUGUGUGUUGCUGAUUUAAGAGCAGAUAUCCUACAUAGGUUUUCAACUCAUGUUGCAAAAGACAGACUGUAUAAGGCAAAGAGGAUAGCUCAAGAGCUUGUUAGAGGGACAGUGGAAGCACACUAUGCCUCAAUUAGGAGGUAUAUUGCUGAAUUAAGGAGGGCUGACCCUAAAGGUAGAUUUGAGUUGCUUGUAGAUGAUGGUGGUGUAUUGAAGGGUCUUUACUUGGGAUUUAGCUCAUUGAGGUAUGGAUUUAAGAGGAGUUGCAGGAAAUUGAUUGGACUUGAUGGGUGUUUUUUGAAAACCUAUUUGGGAGGCAUACUACUAUGUUUCUCUUGGGCAGUGGUAGAAAUUGAGAACGAGGAAUGUUGGACAUGGUUUCUUAAGUGUCUUAUAGAGGAUGUUGGGAUAGAAGAUGGAAAUGGUUGGACAUUCAUCAGUGACCAACAAAAGGGUCUUGAAAAUGCAGUCCCCAACUUAGCACCUUGUGCAGACCAUAGAAAUUGCGCAAGACAUGCCUAUAUGAAUUGGAAGAAAUCUCAUAAGGGUGCAACACUGAAGAACCUUUUUUGGAGGGCUGCUCGUAGCACAUAUGUUGAAGAGUUCAAGCUUGCAAUCCAAGAUAUGAAGACAGAGAGCCCAACUGCUUUCGAGGACUUCAUGGCAAGAGAUACCACAAGGUUCCGUAAGGCAUUCUUGUCUACCUCUGCAUGUAGUGACAUGAUAGACAACAAUAUUACUGAGACUUUCAAUGGAUAUAUUUUGAAUGCUAGAGGUAAGCAUGUAAUUCAUAUGUGUGAAGAGAUUAGAAAUUCUCUAAUGGUUAGGCAAGUGAAGAAGUUCAAGGAGAUGUCUAAUGUUAUUGAUGCACUGGUGCCAAACAUUAGGAAGAGUUUAGAAGUUACCAAAUGGUGUAGUAGAAAUUGCAUACCAUUUCCAGCAUUAGGAGGCAAGUUUGAGGUUCAUGAUGAGGCUGACAAGUUUGUGGUGGAUGUGACUAACCGUGCAUGUACAUGUAGAAUUUGGGAUUUGACGGGUAUCCCUUGUAAGCAUGCUAUAUCUUCUAUACAAUUCAUGAAACUUGAUCCUGUUGAUUAUGUGAGUGACUACUACAUUGUCAAGAGAUAUUUAGAAGGGUACCAGAUUGGGUUGCCACCAGUUAGAGGUGAGAAAAUGUGGCCUGACGUAGAAGGAUUCACUGUGAAACCUCCAACUGUGAGGAAAAGGAUUGGCAGACCAAAGAAGAAAAGAAUAAGAGCUCCAGAAGAGAAGGAUGGGAAACUCACAAAGCAUGGUAUAAUUAUGACUUGCAGCAACUGUCAAGGGAAAGGACAUAAUAGCAGAGGAUGUAAAAAUCAACAAGUGCAGAAAGAAUCUCCAAAAAAGAGGAAAAGGGGAAGACCUGCCAAACCAAAAGAGAUAUCCACCUCAAAGAACAAGGAGAGUUCUACCAAACUAAUGAAGAGUACCAUACACAAGGAGAGGGCUUUUGGAAAACAGGGCCUUGGAGUUUUCACUGCCAGUAGUGGAAAUGUGUAUAUUCGCCCAUCUACUUCGAGCAUGAGAGUGACAUCACUGAACACAAUAUCCAAUACAAAUGCAUCAAUAACAUAA